AUUCAAUUUUAAAACUGAGCGAACAAAAUGCAUUGCUGGUCUUAUUUAUUACUUUGUUUCGUGAGAAUUGUUCUGACGUUGCUUCCACAGACGGGCUAUAUCCAUCCCGAUGAAUAUUUUCAAUCGACCGAAAUUCUUGCUGGUCGAAUCUUUAAAUUAGAAACCUACACGCCAUGGGAAUUCAAUACCAGCUUACCCAUCAGAAGCAUGUUUCUACCAGUUUUAACAAUCGGAGGGCCAUAUUCGUUGAUGAAGCUAGCCAAAGACUGGUGGAACUUUGAUGUUUUGCAGCCAUAUCUGUUAUUAACCAUUCCCAGGAUCAUGAUGACUGCCCUGUCUUUUUUAUCAGAUAUGUUCAUCUACAAAAUAUGUCUCAACAACAACACAAGACCCUGGUCCACUCUCAAGAUUUGGGCAAGCUCCCAUGUAACUCUGGUGUUUCUUUCAAGAACAUUCUCCAACUCCAUCGAGCUGGUGUUGUUCUCGGCACUCCUCUACUUUGUCUCUUCCUCUAUGAAACUGACUGAUCGUUACAUCAGAAGAGAAAUUGAGCUGGAAGAUCAAUAUAAAAAAGCUGCCAAUGCUGUGGAAAGAGUCAACAUUGUCAAAAUGCAGAAGAAGAUUCCUCUGCACAAGUACAACCACAGCUUCUGGAUAGGUGCUCUCUUUGCCUUAGGGGUAUUCAAUAGACCCACCUUCAUGUUGUAUGCUCUGGUUCCCAUGUUCUUUUGGAUGCAAAGGGGAAUGUUUUUGAAGAAAGUGGGCUUGACCGACUUCCAUGAUCGGAUGUCGAGUUUAGUACCCACCUUCAUCGUAAUGGCCAUGGUGAUAGUCGUCUCCGACACUCUGUUUUAUCGAGGGUGGUCACAGAUGACAGUUGGUCAAGUGGUAAUGACUCCUUUGAAUUUCAUAGCUUACAAUAUGGAUCAAAGCAACUUGGCAAGACACGGCCUUCAUCCCUGGUACCUCCAUUCAGCUGUUAACGUCCCCAUGUUAUUCAAUGUUCUGGGCUUGGGAGGUCUGUACCUGGUAUCUCGUGCUCUUGUGGUCGUGGUCAUUUCACCCUGGACUUCCAAACCGAACCUGUUUGAUUUUAACGGAUUACUCAUGUUUUCAUUUGCAGUACCAUUAAUGGCAUUGUCACUAACACCCCAUCAAGAACCCCGAUUUCUCUUACCUCUUUUAGUUCCUCUAGUUUUACUGCUUGGUCCGUUUUUGUUGAGGCGACACGGUUUUUCUGCCAAAGCCAUGCGUUCUUUCUGGUAUGCCGGUAACGUUGUCUGCGUCCUGUUCUUCGGAUUCUUCCAUCAAGGCGGCAUUUACGAGACACAGCAUUGGCUCCACAGACACAUCCAUCAUGAACGAGCCAGGGGAACUCAUACCCAUUUGCUCUACUUCCACACUUACAUGCCUCCAAUGUCUCUGUUGGCUUUGCCACAUCGAACUUCAAUCGUCAACCACAUCAACGGUACUCGAUAUCAACGAGGACGGACGGUGUUUUUCGAAGAUCUUGGCAGUUCACUGCAGUUGGAAGAGCUUCGCCAACGAUGCGCUCGGUUGGUGGAAGAGGCGCAGUCUAAAUAUCAAAGCACAAAACUCAUGACGGAGAUUUUCGUCGUCUUCCCAGCUACGAUAUCCUUCCAAAUGGAUCGUCUGUUGAUGCCGCUGCCAACGCUACGAUGGAAGCAUGUCCACAAGAGCUACCCGCAUCUUUCUAUGGAAGAUCCGCCCGAUUUUGGUGACUUGUGCUCAAAGAAUUUAACUGUUUCACUGACGGAUAUUCAGUGCAAUUCCAUCAUACCUUGGCUGACCAAGAAAUGCAAUCAAAUGGCUCUAGCUGUCUACCAGUUGCAGUUCCUUCACCGAUGACCCUAGAGAAUUGUAAGAAUUGGUUAAACAUUCACAAUAAUUUAAUUACUCACUAAAAAUAAAGCCCCCAAAAAGGAUCUCAUUUGA